AUGUGUUCUUUGCACCAUGCCGCAAGAUGUCCGACCGAACCCCCUCCCUAUUUAACCACGGAAACGUGGGACAUUUGGCCUGGCAUGGAUGAUGCAUGUUUCCUUCAGAUCAAUGCAACUGUCGGGAUUUCGGACUUUCACGUGAAGAACUUGACGAGCAAGGGACUAUUUGCUGGAUUGGUUCAUCUGGGCGAAGAGUAUGGCUGGAUUUGCAAGGCAGUCACGCUGACAACCUACUCUUGUUUGGCUGCGAUUUUGCUGGCAACGAUGUGCUUUGGUUGUCCAGAAAAACGUCCCAAGGAUCCACAGAUGGUUGGGAGCAGGACACUGACGAUCUACCUGGGUGCCGUCUCAGGACUCUUGUACUUCACCACUGAUCAGUACCUUCCAAGUAUGCCUCAAAUGGAGGUGGAACUCACUGGGUCUCAGACCCUUCUCUCAGGCUCCGUGCAAUUGAAUAUCUUUUCCAAGUGCGUCGUGGGCCUCAUCGUGGCUCCUUUGUCCGAUAAGAUUGGGAGAAGGCCAAUCUUCGUGACAUGCGCUCUCCUACUGAUCUUGGGCUCCUUCGGCUGUGCCUUUGCUCCGAACGUCUCCUGGUUCCUGGCUGCCCGUGUCAUCCAGUCUUUGGGCGAGUCACUGGAGCCCUUGAUCUUUGCGAUCCUGCGCGACUGCUACCCGAAACCGGAAGAUAGGCUGGUGGCCUGGUCAGUGGUUCUAGCACUUGAGAUGAUUGGCAUAGCUAUUGGACCAGUUCUGGGAGGGCUUGUUGCCUCCUUCAGCCAUUGGCGAGUUCCCUUCUUUCUUCUCUCACUGGCUUGGGCGGGCUUGGCCAACUACGCCGCCUUCUGCGUCCACGAAACGGCUGUGGAUGUGAAGGAUCCUCCCAGCUACUGGUCCAGCGUCAAACGAGUCUUUACGGAUCGACAGCUGGUGACGCUGCUGGUCGCGGAGACCUUUGUCUUGAGCACUUAUUACACCGUGAAUGCUAACAUCAGCUAUCUCACCGAAGGCGUCUAUGGAAAGAGUACGGUGAUGACUUCUUGGCUCAUGGGAGCCUUCGCCUCGAUCGCUGCUGCGGGAAUGAUUCUGGUGACGAAUGCCGACACAGAUGUUUUGUCCACGGCGAAGCAAUGGAUGAUGGCCUUCAGUUUAGGAUCGGGCUCGUCCUUUGUCAUUGCAGCGGUGUUCUUCUCCCACUACUUGUGGUCCUAUUUGGGAAGCUCCUUCUUGAUGGGCUUCACUUUGGCUUGCUAUUUGCCGCUUGGGGUUCUAUUCAUGGAAACUCUCGAGGAUAUUGCGGGCACUGCUGCUUCCUUCGAAGUCUUCGCACAAGCAGGACCGCCCUCGAUCUAUUCGGCUCUAGCAACACAAGGCAUCAUCCAUGACGGUCAACGUGGGCUUACGUGGUUUCAAGCUGCAAGUGCUUUGCUCGAGUUUGGGAUCCGCAUGCCCGGGCCCAACGUGUUCGUGCCGGAGGACCUCUCUGUGACGCGGACCCCCGCAGACGCGCCUCUGACUCCGCAGCGGCUGCGGCCCUGUGCCAAGCAGAUGCCGGUGUGGCAGAUUUUCCACCGGAAGGAUGACCGCUUUCUGCAGCCGAAGACCUUUGUGGCCUUCAACUUUCAAUGCCCAAGAUCCUCCGAAGAUGCGUUGCGCUAUCUCUUGACGAAGAUUUGGUGCGCUUGCAUUGAAGAGGAGCUGAAUGAGUUCUCCUAUGAUGCGAGUCAGGCGGGUCUUUCAUACAGCUUGGAUGCUUCCGGUACAGGCAUCACCUUGCUGGUCGCGGGCUUCAGUGACAAGCUGCCAGUGCUGCUCGAGGCAGUGGUAGCCAAGAUGAAGGAGGCAGUGUCUCCGGCUACCUUCAAUUUGGUCCUAGACCGGACACAGCGGAUGUUGCGCAACUCUGCACUGAAGAUGAGGCCCUGCGACCUAGCGGUGCGCAAGAGCCGCGAGCUGACGCAAAGGCACAGCUUCAGCGUGGAGGAGCAGCUGAAGGUCUUAGAUCAAGUCACUGUGGAGGACGUGCAAAGCGAACACCAGAGGCUCUUCCUGGAUGCCUUCAGUGAAGCCUUGGUCACGGGCCACGCGGACGCUCCGGAGGCUCAACGUCUCUGUGCGCUCUGCUCGCUGGCGAGCCCCGAGAAUGGACGCCCCGCGGAGGCGCCAGAGGAGGCGGAGCUUCCAGAGGGUCGGACCUUGUGGGUGAUCCCCGGAACCAAUCCCGAGGAGCGCAACAAUUGUGUGGUGAUGGAACUGCAACUGCCAGACGGCUUGCAGCAAAGUGUCUUCACUUCCCUCCUGGUGCGGAUGUUGAAUCCCAAAGUCUUUGAGGGAACACUGGGAGUCCGGGCCGAGAGCAACAUCGCUGACACUGCCGAGAGCAAUCGGAGAAUUCACCUGGUUCUCCAGUCAAGUCUCCAUCGGCGCUCCAUCUUUGGGACAGACCCGGCUCCAAGAAAGAACAUCCCAUGGUUCGGGUCAUCCAGUGUAGUCGAUCUUUUGACUCACCGACCCGGGCACCAUGCAUUCGCAUGCAUUCGGACUCUGGGGAUGUCCUUUUGUCAGGACUUUGCGCCAACCAAGGGUCGAAAAGGCUCCUGA